AUGGAGAAAAAGUCUUAAAAACAAUUAUCUUUAGAUACUUCUUAUGACGACUAUAAUCAAAGAGAUGAUGAGGAUUGUUCAGAAGCUGAUAGAGGAAAAUCAAAAAGAAUGGAUUUUAGAAGUAAAUAAACUAAAAAACUGGAGAAAUAGUUAACAAAAUUAGAUAAAAUCUAGAAUUCUUAGUAACCAGUAAGCAUGGAAAUAUAUUAUUUACUAAAAUUCUAAUAAAACUUAAUCUAUUAAGUUACAAGUCUACAUACCAGAAUUAUGAAAAUUAUUGAGAACUAGUUUGAUUAUUCCACAUUAUUAUGA